ACGGGGCUACCACCACGACCCAAAACCUAGCAGCUUUAUGGAAUGUCAAGAGUAUACGACACGUAAACUAAUUCAUCUCGCAUUACAUGCAAUACAGCCAACCAAGUUUGACAAUUGGUUCCAUGCAAUUGAAGAUGAAGCAGUUAGAGGAGGAAGUGUCAACAUUUGAGGGAAAAAAAUAAAGUGGCAUAAUGAAUAUAAUCUUCUAUGCUCACCCAAAGCAGCAAAGCAUGGAGUCAGCGUAUGCCAUAAAAUAUUUCUUGAAUUAGUAUUGUAUGGAGAGUCAAAGGUGCUAUGGUGGAAGGCCCUGGACACCUGAUUAUGAUCACUUGUAUAAUAAAAACCUUUACUUGUGUAGGGCAGGAUGAGGUUGUUUGACAAAUUCCAUCCUCACUAGGUGCCUCUGGUCUUCCGUUUGCCUUAACCCAAUUUUCAUUGUCUAACAAGUCCUCAGAAAAUAAAACAGGGAAUGAAAGAGAAACCUUGAGCAUCAGACUUGGUCGAAAUUGCUUCUUCAGGGUGUCUCUGCUUUAGGACAUGGUUUAGUAUGCAUGAGAGGAACAGAGUAGCCUUGCGGCGAUACAGAGGAGCUCCAAUAAGAUUGCUUCUGUGACAUUGUGAAUGACAAAACGAUCUGUAAUACAGGAAGACUAAGGUAAGGGUUUUCUCAAUAGAGGUUUUCUUGCCUCCUUUAAGACUGUACACCCUUGUCUCUGCUAUAGUCUCCUGUUUCAUAGCACGAGAAAGAAACAGAGUAGCCAUACAAGAUUACAGAGGAGAUCCAACAUGAUUGCAUCUGAAAUAUACUGAAACAGACGGGAUAUGUCAUAUACUGAAGAAAAAAACCAAGUUUUCUCAAGAAUAGUUUUAUUACUUUCUUCCUGGUUGCUGCUAAUCACUGGUCUCUGCUUUAGUCCCUGUUUUGUAGCACAGAAGGAAACAGAGUAGCCAUAGUAAUACAGAGGAGCUCCAAUAUCAUUGCCUCUUCAAUGUACUGAAAACAAUACGAUACCGGAUAAGUUUAAAGUAAUGGUUUUCUCAAGAGUGGCUUUCCUGGUUUUCCUUUCUUUCUUACUCUUCAUUUCCUUCACCAAUUCCCAGUUGGCACCACUGUACCACCAAUGUUCAAAAUUGCAGGGUAAUCACACACCCAGUAGUACAUACAAUUCAAACCUUAAAAACCUCCUCUCUUCUCUGAUCUCCAAUACUGAUAUAGACUAUGGUUUUUAUAACUUCUCACUCGGCCAAGGAUCUGACAAAGUAUAUGCAGUUGGACUUUGUAGAGGGGAUAUUAAUCCAACAAGUUGCCGCAGUUGCAUUAGAAUGUCUACUGACCAACUCACAGAGCUCUGCCCCAGUCAGAAUGAAGCAACUAUUGUUUAUGACAAUUGCACAUUACGGUAUUCAAACCGCUCAAUAUUUCGCGAUACCUUUAGUAGUGAACCUUAUUUUUCAGAGUAUAACUCAAGCAAAGUCCCUGAUGUGGAGCAAUUCAGUGAAGCAGUUCGGAGUUUGCUGUUUAGCAUACGAGAUAAAGCUCCAUUGGGUAGUUCUCUUCGCAAGUUUGCAACUGGAAAAGCUGAUUUUGGGAACUCCAGAACAAUAUAUGCACUCACACAAUGCACUCCUGAUCUAGCGUACUAUGAUUGCUAUAACUGCUUAGAGAGUGCGGUCACUUAUUACCCCAAUUUUAUAGGGAACACGGCAGGAAGAAUAUAUUUCCCAUCAUGUUAUGCUAGGUAUGACAUGAUCCAGUUCUAUGAAACAGCAUCUGAUACACCACCAGCACCAGCCACACAUCUAUCCCCUCCACCUUCGAGCGGUUCCACAACAAAAGGGAUGAUCCUUAGAAUUAUUCUCCCUACCGUAGGCUUCGGAAUGAUCUCCUGCACUUUCUGCUGCUGCCUAGUAAGCCAUAAAAGAAACAAGAAAAACAAAACAGCAAACAAAGAAAUUGCAACUGAGGAAUCUCUACAGUUUGAAUUGGGUACAAUUGAAGCUGCAACAAACAAAUUCUCAGAUGACGACAAGAUUGGAGUUGGAGGGUUUGGCAAUGUGUACAAGGGUACUCUUCCUAAUGGACAAAAAAUAGCUGUGAAGAGGCUAUCAAGAAGUUCUGGGCAAGGGGUACAAGAAUUUAAGAACGAGGUUGAAUUGGUAGCAAAGCUUCAACAUCGAAAUCUUGUAAGGCUUUUGGGAUUCUGCCUGGAAAGAGAUGAGAAGAUACUCAUAUACGAAUUUGUGCCCAAUAAAAGCUUGGACUGCCUUCUAUUUGAUCCUGAAAAACAAGGAAAGUUGGAUUGGUCAAGACGUUACAAGAUUAUAGAAGGAACUGCGCGAGGACUACUAUAUCUCCAUCAAGAUUCACCAUUAAAAAUCAUACAUCGUGAUCUUAAAACCAGCAAUAUUUUGUUAGAUGAGGCCAUGGAGCCUAAAAUUGCAGACUUUGGCAUGGCAAGGAUGAUAGGGUUCGAACAAAAUCAAGAACGUACAAACAGAAUCGUAGGCACAUAUGGUUACAUGCCUCCAGAGUAUGCAAUUCGCGGAAAGUUCUCAGUGAAGUCUGAUGUGUAUAGCUUUGGUGUAGUAGUACUAGAAAUUAUAAGCGGGAAAAAGAACAGUAGCUUCUACCAAUCAGACUUCGGCAAUAAUCUUCUAAGUUUUGCAUGGAGACACUGGAGGGACGGGACAUCGAUAGAAUUGAUGGAUUCCACUCUAGGAGACUCUUAUUCAGAAAGUGAAAUCAUAAGAUGUAUUCAAAUUGCCUUACUGUGUGUUCAAGAAGAUCCAGCAGCCAGACCAACAAUGGGAAAAGUAGUUUCUAUGCUCAUCAGUUCCUCUGUUCGGCUACCAUUGCCACAACAACCAGCAUUUUAUGUCGGCAGUAGGACAGGAUCAAAUCUGCAAAUGUUAGAGGUGGUGUUAGAUAAUCAAUCUACAGCCAAAUCAACUCCAUCUGUAAACGAAGCGUCUGUUACAGAGGUCCUUCUUCGAUAUCUCACCAGAGCACGGACUUACUGUGACAAUGCACGAGUCAUCGCAAACACCAGCACCUACGGCAGAAAUCUCAACCUUAUGCUCUCCUUUCUAGCUUCCAAUGCAUCGACAAAUCCCGGCUUCUACUCUACUCAAACAAUUGGUGAAGACUCCGACAGAGUAUGUGUUGAAAACUCUACUCAGUCAAUCAUGGCAGAGUGUGCUAGUUAUACAGGGGGAAUUUCCUGGGGACCAGAUUAUCCUUCAUGUAUUGUUCGCUUCUCAAACAGAUCCAUCUUUGGAAAACCAGAGUUAUCACCCUUUCGUUCUGCACAGAAUACAUUAGAUAUCACAUCGGAUCAAGAUGAAUUUGACCAGGUAUGGAAUGGUUUGAUGGACGACAUCACUACAAGAGCUUCUAUGGGAUCUGACACGCUUAAGUACGCGACAGGGGAAAGAAAUGUCUCAAACAAUGAAACAAUAUAUGCAUGGAUGCAGUGUACACCAGAUAUGUCACAUAGCGAUUGCGCUUAUUGUCUGAGAGACACUGUUAGUUAUUUCCUUAGUUGCUGCCAUGGGAAACAAGGAUUUUACAUUCUUACUCCGAGCUGUAUGUUUAGGUGGGAUUUGUAUCCCUUUUAUAAAGUUGUUGCAGAUGGUUCUUCACCACCUCAUAUUCUAAUCAAGAACAUAAUCUUGAUUUAUUUUUUUGCUAAUGCAGGCCGUCGGCGCAACUUAUCUCGUAUCGUUGUUACUGGCACUGUUGUUUCUACAGCAAUCUUCUUCACAAUUUUUGGUAUUUUAUGCAUAAUUGUCCGCAACAGGAGAUUGAAGAACAAGGCAGAAAGACCAAAAGCUUGGAAAGAUGGUGAAUUUUUUGAUAGUGACUCCUUGCAGUUUGAGUUUGAAUCCAUCAAAUUUGUAACCAAUAAUUUCUCCAAUGACAACAUGCUCGGACAAGGCGGAUUUGGUGCUGUUUACAAGGGCAGGCUUCGGUAUGGACAAGAUGUGGCAGUGAAGAGACUUUCAGCAUAUUCAGGACAAGGAGAUGUAGAAUUUAAGAAUGAGGUUAUGUUAGCAGCUCGGCUUCAACACAAAAAUCUUGUCCAAGUUCUUGGUUUUUGCUUACAUGGAAAGGAAAGAAUUCUCAUCUACGAGUUAAUGCCUAACUCGAGCCUCGAUCACUUCUUAUUUGAUUCAGUAAGGCGUUUAGUUUUGAGUUGGGAAAUACGUUGCAACAUCAUAGUGGGCACAGCAAGAGGAAUUCUUUACCUUCAUCAAGAUUCACGACUUCGAGUAAUUCACCGAGACCUGAAAGCCAGCAAUAUCUUGUUAGACGAACGGAUGAAUCCAAAAAUAUCAGAUUUUGGGUUGGCAAGAUUGUUUGACGUUGAUCAAACACGAGACAGAACAAGCAGGAUUGUUGGUACCUUUGGCUAUAUGGCUCCAGAGUAUGCGAGGAAUGGACAUGUUUCAGUUAAAUCAGACAUUUUUAGCUAUGGUGUGCUAGUUUUGGAAAUUAUCAGCGGCCAAACGAACACUUGUUUCAGCAUUGGAAAUGAGGCAGAGCACUUACUAACCUAUGCAUGGAAUUGUUGGAACAACGGCACGGCUUUGGAUCUAAUUGAUCCCCUUAUUAGUAAUGGCCCGAGAGAUGAAAUCAUGAGGUGCAUCCAUAUCGCAUUACUAUGUGUUCAAGAAACUGUAGCUAACAGACCAACUAUGGCAUCAGUUUCUCUGAUGCUCAGUGAACGCGCAGUCUCUCUCACUGUGCCUUCGAAACCAGCCUAUUAUAUGGACACUACUGUGCGGCCUGUGUUAACACCAUCACAAAGGAAUAAACAUAGCAACUCGGGACAAUCCACAGGCGGAUCCCCCCACUCCACGGAAAUGGAGGCUUCAAUAGAAUCAAUAGAACCUCGUUGACUGCUUUACAAUGGA